AGAAGUUUCCUAAUAACUAAGUGUUUACGAAUGCAAUGAUAAGUGCGUCACGUGGCAUUUCGACAACUUUGAAAAAUAUGACUUUAUAUCUGAGUUGUGCCUGUCAUAGAGAUAGAUAGAGGACUGAACAUUUAUAUAACCUGUUAUAGCAUGGACAUUGCCAUUGAGGGCUUCCACCAUUUUAAAGUAGUCAACUGGGUGGCGAUUCCUAUGAGUUGGAAGCGAUCAGGCAUUGAAGAAGAAAUAAGAAAACUGCCUUCCAUCUUUGAGGACAUGUAUUUCCGCUGUUAUAGUUGUCACUUGACUAUCUUGUCAAUAUAGGAGACAAUCUUUGAACUCAGAUAUCGAGGUCCGAAUUCAUCUUUCAUAUUCUAUGUUUAUCGGAUCUCUUGGAGACAGAGGGGCCCGGUUCAAGCCCUUAGACAAGGGUUGGUUCAGAUAGAACCACCGGAUAACUAAAACUGUGUUUCAGACCUUGCCACUGCCACAAACGGCUUUAAGUUACUUCCACGGGUGUCAGAAUGGUAAUCCGUUAGUGUGUGUGUGUGCAUGCCUGAAUAACAGGGUCCGAGUGAGUGUGUUGCUUUCUCUGGGGGAAUAUUUCACUGCCCUGGACAUGAUGGGCCCGAGGCGCAAGUCCACAAAGACGCGAGUUGCCAACCCGUACAGACUGGAUGAGCCCAAGGACUACAUCAAUGAGCUCUCCCAUGAGGUCCUCUGCCACAUAUUCCGGUAUCUACCUAUGCAGGACGUCAUGUGUAUGGAGUGCCUGUCUCGGAAGCUCCGAGAAGCGGUAACACAGUACCUGCUGGGGGUGAAGGUGGUGGACCUGUGUGCCAGCCGCUGGUGGGAGUACAUUCCCUCAGGAUUCACGGACCCCAGUUUCCUCAUGCUGCUGAAGAAGAUGCCAGACCUGGAGCAGCUGUAUGGGCUGCACCCCCGCUACCUGGAGUGCCGCAGGGUCCGGGGAUACCAUGCUUUCAGCAUCCCAGGAGUACUGGAGGCUCUUCAGGCCUGUCCCAAUCUGCUGGGAGUGGAGACGUCUCAUCUGGAGCUGGUGGAGGUGAUCUGGCACUACAUGCCUCAGGUCCACAUCCUGGGGAAGUUCCGCAACGGGGCGUUUCCCAUUCCCCCCGAAAACAAGCUCACUAUCCCCUAUCCCCUGUGUGUCAGCCUACAGACCUUUGUGAUGAGGAACUGCGCGGGCCCCACCAACUCCCUGAAGUACGUUCCCCUGGUGACAGGCCUGGCCUCUGCCCGCAACCUGGAGCAGCUGGAGUUGGUCAGAGUAGCCUUCCUGGGGGGGCUCAUCCAGCACGUGGUGGAGGACAGCUGGAAGUCAGGGGGAUUUUGCAAUUUGCACACUAUUGUAUUUGGUGCCUGUAAGAAUGCAUUUGAAGUUGACCUGGGCUACCUCAUCAUUACUGCUGCACGCAGGUAACAACUCACUGUUUAAGAUCAUUCAAUAGAUAAACAUGAUGAAUGGGGAGAUUUAGCGAGUGCUUUGGGUUUUCCUCUAGAUUGCGUGAGGUUUGAGUUUGAGACUUUGCACCUUGGAUACGUUGAUGAGUUCCAAUUGCAGUGUAAAAUGAGUCACUCUGAGCUAGUGAAGUAUGGCCUGGCUGAUGUCAUUGAGAACCCAGGGGUCAUCACAGACAUUGGGAUGAAGGCUGUCAAUGAGGUGUUCUCCAUCAAGUACCUGGUCAUAUGCAACUGCCCCCACCUCCAUAACCCACAUAACUGGAUUACAGACCACUCAUGGUGGAGUUGCCUGGUGGACCUGACUCUGGUGCGUUGCCAUGCCAUCAAGCUGGAGUCGUUCAGCCAGUUCAUUGAGCUGCUUCCCAGCCUGGAGUUCAUCUCCCUAGACCAGAUGUUCAGAGAACCACCCAAGGGCUGUGCCUGUGUGGGUCUGAGUGCUGGCACUGGGAUAAGUGUCUCCUCAGCUCUGGUCAGCAACCAGAACUCGCACAACAACAACGCACCCAACAUCCCACCGCACAACAAUGACAACGAGGAGGAGGGUGGUGCUGCUGCCAUGCCUCAGCCACAACACAGGGCCGAUGAGCUUCCUGAGGUGAAUGUGAUGGUGCUGGAGGAGAACAUUGAGGCUGAGGUGGUGGGCCAGGUCUGGCCUGCCGAGGAGGAAGUACCACCUGGUCCUGGUCCCAGUCAGCCUGCCAACCCUCAGCCUGACAAGGAACAAGCAGGUCCCAGUGGUGUUCAGUUUGUGGUGAAGAAGCCUUCAGUGGUAAUGUGUCUGACUCGGACAGUGAGGAUGAGGAGGGCCCUGCCAGACACCAGGCUCCUGACUGGCCCCAGCAACACACCAGCUAUCCUCCUGAACCACCACAGCCCACUGGCAAGACUGCCACUGCUGAGGAGACAGCCACACACAGUAGUAAAGGGAAGUCGCCCCUGCGUCAGCGAGGGUUGCCUCUACGGGAGCCCAGCUGUGAGAAAAGCUGCCAGGUCACCAGUGAGCAGAUCAAGCUCGCCCCGGCCCAGAGGAAAGGACUCGAGGUGGGCCCAACCACCCAUCCUCUGGAGGGUCAGGAGGAGGCAGGAUCUGGGGGAGAGAGCAGGGGCAGAGGGGCUGGAGUCCGUGGACCCUGUUGAGGAGAGCCCAGCCAGGGCGAGUGGUAUGGCUGAGGGGCAUGGUGGUGAGAGGAUGUCGGGCCAGAGCUCCAGGGAGGUCCACGGAGCAGAGCCCCAGCCCAGGGUGUUAAGGGACAGCUUCCCCAGUAGACCUUUCACCCGCGCCCGCAGCAGACUGUCUGUAUCCCUGGUGUCUGAGUCACAGCUGUCCAAGCCUCGGGUCGCGGUGAAGAGGAAACCCACAGCAGACAAGUCCACCAGCACCAGCGACCCGGUCACUGAGGACGAUCAUGUACAGGAAGGGACACCACCUACUGGGAUGAGUCUCAGGCUGCGUCCCAAUUGCCACUACAUAGGGAAUAGGGUGCCAUUUCGUGGGGGGACCCUUUUCCCUGAGCAAAGCAGCACAGAACUUCAUGUUGAAAUGAAGGACAUGAACUUCCUUCUAACUGCAGCGCCCUGUGACACAAUACCUUCCUAUGCCAUGAAGGUGCUGACGCUGAAAUCCAAAAACCUGGUGGGAAUCACCCUCACUAACUGUGGCAUCACUGACCUGGUGCUGAAGGACUGCCCCAAGAUGAUGUUUGUUCACGCCACGCGCUGCGGAGUGCUGAAGCAUCUGAAGGUGGAAAGUGCUCCCAUAGUGAACCGUUUCGACUACGCACAGUGUAAGAAGCUGGACAUGGAGCAGGUCCUGGAUCAGAUCCUCCGCAUGCCCCCUGAGAGGAACCUUAUCAUCUACAUGCGCCCCAUGCAGCAGAUUGACUCUCUGGCCCUGGAGAGGAAACUGCUCCAUGGGCCGUACCCCUACCACAUCGCCAUCAUACAUGAGUUCAGCAACCCCCCCAACGUCAGGAACAAGGUCAGAGUACGCAGCUGGAUGGACACCAUCGCCAACAUCAGCCAGGAGCUCAUUAAGUAUGAGUUCUUCCCCGAAGCCACGCGGACGGAAGAGGAUGUGGAGAAGUAUCCCAACUACCCCUGGGGCCGAGACAUCUACACCUUGGAGGGAGUGGUAGAUGAAGUCCCCUACUCCAUGAUCACAGACUUGCCCUGGCUCCGUACCCUACGUACAGCUGACCCCAACAGUUACGCACGCUACGACUUUGAGGAUGAUGAGAGCACUACCAUCUACGCCCCGCGGAGGAAGGGCCAGCUCUCGGCUGACAUCUGCAUGGAGACCAUUGGCGAGGAGAUCUCUGAGCGGCGCCAGACGCGGCACGGCGUCUUCCAGCGCGUGGUCGUGGUCUUCAUCCACUACUGUGACGUACAGGGUGAACCUGUGGACGAUGACCACAUCUAGUGCUUUCUGUCUUGGGAGAGAGACGGCGGGAGGGGCUCUGUAGUGCAGCCCAACGCCCCUUGUGCCUGCCUGCCAGGCUCCUGCUGUGACUUCUGCACCCACCCAGUGUUGAGUGAGAACUAGUGCUUUGACUGCCUUUCCUAUGGCACUCCAGGGAGUUGGCACUGGGGUGUCUGUCUCGAGUGGCCUUGUUUUUGUAUUUGCUGACCUUACAUGACGGGAGAGAGAGGCUGCUCAGUGUCUUUGUUCUCUUCUUAGCCAUGGUUUAGGGAUUGUUUCUCUCAGUGGGGGAAUGACAGCUGCUUGAACUUCGAGGAGUUAGAGCUCUGCUCUGUUGCUACCAUUCAUACUCAUAGAUACGCUAUGUUGACCUCACAUCUUUCCAUGCACUGCCUCUCAGUAAAGGUGAUGUUGGAAUUGUGUGGGGGCCGGUGUAUGUGUGAAAGCACCCAGGGUAGUGUGUAUGCCUAUGUUAUUGUAUGAAUUGGAUAUCUGCAUCUAGAGAAAACGGCGUGCAUUAGCUUGGUGGAGAAUUUGAAAGUGCGGGGCUUAGUAUUCUGUUCUCACUGGGAUGUUAUUUUUCGGAGGUUUUGAAAUCCCAGUUUGUGUUUUGGAGAGAUUUCUACUGCUGUGGAAGAUUAUCAGUGUUUGAGAGUUUGGUGUUCUCACAUCCUACCUCUGGUGCUGACAGAAACCAGCUUUAGAGAAGCAUCCUCAAGCUAGACGCUACAAGUGCCCUUAGAUUUGUUUAUAAAGAACAUUUAGCUUUUGUUUAGUUUUAUCAAAUUAGUUUUUUUUUUUCUUAUUUCUGCUUUGUUUUUAGUAGUAUUUCCUGUUUUUAAUCCUUUUCUUCAUCUCUGUUCCUGAGGUCUGUCAUUUGGGAAGGUUGGUUGGUUUGGUGUGCAUUAUGAGUUAUGGUCUGUGUUGCUCAGUUCUAUUUACCUCACGACUUGGUAAAACGAGAGAGGUCCGCGGCGGAAUCCAAAGAAAUGUGUUACCGAAUAAUUUCCACAAAAAAUUAUCCUGAAGAAGAAAAAGGGCAAAAAAUAAUAGUUAAUUUAGUCUUUCAUGCAUUUCAGAAUUCUCCCUGCCUCUAAUUGAACCCUCAUUUCAAGAGACUAAGAAGAGCGCUGGCUGCUUUGAUUAAGGGGCAUGGCUAGUUAGGGUCUUAAAAGCAUGUCUCAUUCAUCUCUAGAUGACUGCAGGCAUGCGGACUGUGUCCAAGCAAGAGGACCUUCCUUCAACACAUUUGCUCCACAUUGUGUUUUAUGUGGAAUAAUAAUACUUCUUUGGGAAGCACAACUAAGUUUUGUUAAUGUCUGUGCACCGCACUGUAACACAGGAGGUAGGAGAAGAACAGGACAGGAAUGUACCAUAUGAUCUGGAGCUUCUUUUCUAGCUCUCUGGAGGUGAAAAAGACACUACUUUGCUCCCUAGUGUCUCCUUCCUUUUGGAUGUUUGAGUUUCAACAGGUUGUUGGACAGGAAGUCAGGUGGUGUAUGCCAACAAACACGCAUUUUGUCUUGACUACGCUGAAUCUGUUAACUGUGAAAGAACCCUGUGUUCCUGAACUGAAGUUAGUUGAGGAAAUCUAUUUUGAAGGCCACUUUAAGAGUCUGAGGAAGAGCCAUUAAAGUGGGAUGACUGCUCUACUGUUUCUCUAGUCUGGGUGACUCCCUCCACCCUCCUCUUCUAAAGCCAAGCCAGCCUGGGUGACUCCCUCCACCCUCCUCUUCUAAAGCCAAGCCAGCCUGGGUGACUCCCUCCACCCUCCUCUUCUAAAGCCAAGCCAGCCUGGGUGACUCCCUCCACCCUCCUCUUCUAAAGCCAAGCCAGCCUGGGUGACUCCCUCCACCCUCCUCUUCUAAAGCCAAGCCAGCCUGGGUGAUACCCUCCACCCUCCUCUUCUAAAGCCAAGCCAGCCUGGGUGACUCCCUCCACCCUCCUCUUCUAAAGCCAAGCCAGCCUGGGUGACUCCCUCCACCCUCCUCUUCUAAAGCCAAGCCAGCCUGGGUGACUCCCUCCACCCUCCUCUUCUAAAGCCAAGCCAGCCUGGGUGACUCCCUCCACCCUCCUCUUCUAAAGCCAAGCCAGCCUGGGUGACUCCCUCCACCCUCCUCUUCUAAAGCCAAGCCAGCCUGGGUGACUCCCUCCACCCUCCUCUUCUAAAGCCAAGAUAGUAAUUUAAUCUAUAUAUGCUAAUCACUGCAGAAAAAAAGCCUGUACAAAAACAAAUGUACAGAUACGCUGUAUUUAAUGGAUCUUAUAUGUUUAUAUAAAAACAACUAUUUCGCAUAAUAAAAGUGAGACCUGAAUCAAGUGGAACACCA